AUGCCACUCUGUCAAACGAUAAUAUACACAAAUGACUGGGCGAUCAGGAUAAAUGGGGCACCCGCCUCUGCAGACAGUAUAGCGGAGAAAUAUGGAUUUCACAAUUUGGGUCAGAUUGGAGACUUGAACAACUUUUAUAGUUUCCGCCACAGUGGGACGGUGGAGCGGUCCACGUUGUCCAACAAAGACUUUACCGACCUCAUCGCCAAGGAGACCAAGGUGGAGUGGGUGCAGCAGCAGGUGGUCCAUUGGAGGACCAAGAGGAACUCCAGAGCCAGUCACAUCUACUCCAUUGACGUUCGGACGAAACACAUUCACCCAGGCCCCGUCCAACCUAACCAGACCCAGACAAUGGUUUUCAAUGACCCCCAGUGGUGCAGCUUGUGGUACAUUCACUGCAGUGAGGGCUCCCAGGGCUGUCCUUCCUACAUGAACAUCGAGGGGGCCUGGAGGAGAGGACACACAGGGAAGGGAGUGGUGGUGUCCAUCUUGGAUGACGGCAUCGAGAGAGAGCAUCCUGAUCUCAGGCCAAAUUAUGACCCCUUUGCCAGCUAUGAUUUCAAUGGGAAUGAUGAUGACCCCACGCCCAGAUACGACUCCAGCAAUGACAACAGCCAUGGGACAAAAUGUGCUGGGAUGGUUGCCGCGGCAGCAAAUAACUCUCAGUGCACUGUUGGAAUCUCCUUCAAUGCUCGGAUAGGUGGCAUUCGUAUGCUGGACGGAGAUGUGACGGACAUAGUAGAGGCCCAAUCCCUGAGCUUCAGGCAGCAGCACAUUGAUAUUUACUCUGCCAGCUGGGGGCCGGAGGAUGAUGGGAGGACUGUGGAAGGACCUGGCACUCUGGCUCGCCUCGCAUUAGACAACGGCAUACGCACUGGAAGGAAGGGGCGUGGCUCCAUCUUCGUGUGGGCGUCGGGUAACGGUGGGCGGAGCAGGGAUCACUGCUCCUGUGACGGCUACACCAACAGCAUCUACACCAUCUCGAUCAGCAGCACCACCCAUAGCGGGGCCAGGCCCGACUACCUGGAGCCUUGCCCCUCGACACUGGCCUCCACCUACAGCUCCUUCUCCACCGACAGACAGGGAGCCAAGAUGGUAACAUUGGACCUGAAACAAGGCUGUAGCAAGGAGCAUUCUGGGACCUCAGUCUCCGCUCCAAUGGCAGCAGGGGUCAUCGCACUCGCCCUGGAGGCCAACCCACUGCUGACUUGGAGGGACGUGCAGCACAUUAUUGUCAGAACGUCACAGGCCAGUCACCUGACCUCCCCUGACUGGCACACCAACGGAGCUGGAUACCAGGUGAGUCACCUGUAUGGCUUUGGGCUGCUGGAUGCAGAGAGCAUGGUGAAGGAGGCUGAGCGAUGGAGACUGGUCCCCUCCCAGCAUGUGUGUGAAGAGGCUCCCACCCAAGAAAGCAGAACCAUUCCUCCAGGCCUUGUGCUGAGGUCUGUGUAUGAGUCCACUGGCUGCUCCCAUCAUCCCCUGCAGCACAUUGUGUAUCUGGAACAUGUAGUCAUCCGUGUCACCAUCACCCACAGUCACAGAGGUGACCUCUCCAUCACACUCACGUCACCCGCUGGGACCAAGUCACAGCUACUGGCAAACAGGCCUCUUGACCACUCCACUGAGGGCUUCCAGAGCUGGGAGUUCAUGACUACUCACUGCUGGGGGGAGAAGGCAUCAGGAGAGUGGAGUCUGGAGGUCCUGGAUACUCCCUCUCAACAAAGGGACAACAGCGAAACAGGGGAAUUGAGAGAGUGGUCUCUAGUGCUUUAUGGCACCUCAGAGCAACCAUACUCCAUGCGGCGUGAGCAAGCCCGCUCGGCAGAGCUGCCAACUGACGGUGGUGAAAUCACUGAGGAAUACAACGGCCGAUGUGACCCAGAGUGCAGUGAGGAUGGCUGUGAGGGACCAGGCCCCCAGCAGUGUGUCACAUGUCUACACCUCUUCCUCAAGUUCAAGAACAACACCAGGACAUGUGUGUCUGUGUGCCCUGUGGGAUUCUGGGGCGACCGGCGUCGCUGUAAGAAGUGUUUCUCUUCCUGUGAAAUCUGCACGGGCAGCCGCAGUGACCAGUGUACUACAUGUCGUGCUGGACACCACCUGACCGAGGGAACCAAUAGUUGCACGGCAAGCUGUGGUGACAAUUAUUACUUGGACCACGAUGGAAAUAUGUGCAGGAAGUGCAGUGAAAAUUGUUUGAGAUGCACCUCGGCGAACAUCUGCACGGAAUGCAAAUCAGGCACAAGUCUGUUGGGGAACCGCUGCCAGAGGAGCUGUGGACCAGGAAGUUACCACAACGAACAGGAGAGCACCUGCGAGCCCUGCCACGAGGCCUGUGCCACCUGUGCAGGUGCGGGCAUUGAGGCGUGUAACCAGUGUGCUGAUGGGUACCUGAUGGAGGAGUGGAGGUGUGUUUCCUCCUGUAGUCCUGGCUUCUAUGCCACGGAGAGCAGCCCACAGAAAACUAGUGAUGGACCCACGAUAUGCAGGAGGUGUGAUUCCAGCUGUCUCACCUGUGUGGGAGCGGGGAAGGGGAACUGCAGCAGCUGUGCUGGUGGACACAGUCUUAUGGACAAAGUGUGUAUGGUCAGCACCAUCUGUGGUGAUGGAGAGUACCAGGAUAGCCAUGGGAAGUGCCAUGCAUGUGACGCCACAUGUCUGAAGUGUACAGGCCCAAAGUCAGAGGAAUGUAUCAGCUGUGGCCCCUCUAGGUCUCUGGAUCAGGGUUGCUGUGUGACUCAGUGUGCCCGGGGGAAGUACCAGUCAGGUGGGCAGUGCCACCUGUGUGACCACACCUGUGCCAUGUGCCUGGAUGGAGGGCCUGCCAACUGCACCAGCUGUGACACCGACAAAUUCAACAUGGACCGCUACCUGUACAAGGGGGGUUGUGUCGACGCUUGUCCGGAAGGACAUUACCAUACGCAGGAGAAGAGCUGCGAGGCCUGCCCCGACAACUGCAAGCUCUGCUCCUCCGCCACACACUGCCUGCGCUGUAACUCCUCCUACUACACCACUGAUGGAGUCUGCACCCGACUGGAGUGUGGAGAAGGUGAGGUGGAGGAUCCAGAGUAUGAUGACUGUAUGGCCUGUGAGGAAGGCUGUAAGAAGUGUGUACUGUAUAACCCCAGGCAUUGCCUAUCCUGCACUGACGGCUUUUACAAAUUCCAAGAUGGCUGCUACAAGAACUGCCCAGCGAAGACGUUCAGCGUAGAGGAGGAGAUGACCUGUGUGCCGUGUGAUGAAAAGUGCGUCAGCUGUGACGAACAUGAGUGCUACUGGUGUGAAACCGACCUCUUCCUAUCAGAGGGGAAGUGUGUGCCGGAGUGUCCGGACGGUUUCUACGGAGACGAAGACACCCAGGAGUGUGAAGAGUGUCACUCUGACUGUGUGACAUGCAGCGGUCCCGACAGUGACGACUGUGUGUCGUGUGAGGAGGGGAAGAGCCGGGAAGAGGGGGAGUGUGUCUCUACACAGGAUUCCUGCCCUGUUAAGACCUUCCUCACUGGUGAAGGGGAGUGUGAGGCCUGCCAUGCCUCCUGUGACUCAUGUUCAGGAGAGGAGAAGAGCCAGUGUAAAACCUGUGUGAAAGGGCGGUUCCUGUCAGCAGAGCAGGUGUGUGUGUUGAAGUGCCCAGCGAGCUCGUUCGCCAGCCGGCUGAGCGGUGUGUGCGAGCCGUGUCCUCGGGGGUGUGCGCAGUGUGCGGACGAGCAUCGCUGCACCCGCUGUCAGGUGGUACGCAAGGCCCCGCUCUACCUGCAAGACGGACAGUGUGUUCGUCAAUGCCAGAGUGGGUAUGCAGCGGGCCAGGUGUGUCGCGGCUGUGCGACAGGCUGUGCCUCCUGUGAGAAAAAUGCCACCCACUGUCUGAGCUGUGUGGAGCCCUUCCUUCUGUACAAACACAAGUGUGUGGAGGCCUGCCCCCCUGCACACACGCUCAGAGACGGGGAGUGUCAGCACUGUCCCACAGCCUGCCAGGAGUGUAGCCCCAACAGCGAGUGCACAGGCUGUGAGGAGUACCACUUCCUCUACGAGGGCCGCUGUGUGACGGACUGUCCCGAGAGGUUCUUCCAGGACUCUGAGCAGGACGUGUGUGUCCGCUGUCACCCUGACUGUGACCAGUGUGACGGUCCGGAUGGGGACGACUGUGACUCCUGUGCAGACCCAGAGGCCACCCUGCACAACGGAGCCUGUCUGCCAAACUGCCCCUCCCACACCUACAGGGACAGCAGGACUGGGCAGUGCAAAGACUGUGAUGGCUCCUGUCUUACGUGCUCGGGGCCCCACGCUGGCUCCUGCUCCAGCUGCAGAGAGGGUCAGAGACUGGACACCGACGGGCAGUGUGACCCCCUGGUUAACAGGUGCACCCCCCGCCACUACACUGACCAGGAUGGAGAAUGCCACCCAUGCCACAAGUACUGCCAGCAGUGCAACGGGCCGGGCAAGAGCCACUGUCUGAGCUGCAACCAGAACCAUUUUAUACUGAGAAAAGGAUCUCAGGCGUGUGACUUGUGUCACAUGGGCUACACGCUGUCAGACGGAAUGUGUGAGUCCCACUGCAACAUGGGUCAAUACCCCGUGCUACAGGAUUGUGAGGACUGUGACGGUUCCUGUCUGGACUGUAGUGGACCUGGUCCAUACAACUGCACCAUUUGUCCUGCCCAUGCCAUCCUCACAGCCGGGGGGCGCUGUCUGCUCUGCUGUCAGAACAACCUGCCAGUAGAGGGAGAUUCCACAGCGCUGCAGCAGCAGCAGGAAUGCUGCAACUGCACUGAGACAAGAGGGGAGUGCGUCCUCAGCACUAACCUGGCCUUCCGCAAUGACGAAGAGGAGUCAACCGGGAACAUGGUGCUCUUCAUCACCACCUCCAUCCUACUGCUGCUGGGCCUGGGUACCGUAGUCUUCCUCAUCCGACGCUCCCGCUCCAAGAGCCCCUCCCUCCCCGACCCCAUCACGGCCCCCCGUGGCUACGAGAAGCUGGGUGGCGGGCGUCAUAAUACCACAUCCGCAAGUUCCAGCGGGCAUUUCCGCGAGGCCCAGUUGGUGGAACUCUCCGAGCGCUGCGGGGAUAAGGAUGAGGAAGAUGAGGACGAAGAUGAGGACAUUGUGUACAUGGGUCAGGAUGGAACGGUCUACAGGAAGUUCAGGUACGGACAGCCAGGGAAUGAUAAUGACGACGAGCUGGAGUACGAUGAUGAGAGCUAUACAUUUCGCUGA